AUGUCCGCAUUUAACUUAGUGUUAACUACAAAUUUAAAUAAAAUUUACACUGAUGGUGAGGUAGGCACGCUGUUGGAACAAUACCCUGAAUUGUGGCGCGAUGAGUUAGGUACUUUCAAUAAAUUUAAAGUUGACCUUCGAUUGAAAGAUAAUGCCGUACCUAAGUUUUUCAAGCCACGCACGGUACCAUUCGCUUUAAAAGAUAAAGUUGAAGCGGAACUUGAUAGGUUAGUGCGUUUAGGUAUUUUAGUGCCCGUCAACCACUCCAACUACGCGACUCCUGUUGUGCCGGUACUGAAGGAAAACGGACAGGUCAAGAUAGCCGGGGACUACUCGGUUACCUUGAACAAAGACCUCUUAGUCGAUAAGUACCCAUUACCGCGCAUUGAAGAAGUGUUCGCAAAACUAGGAGGUGGAGAGAAGUACACAAAAUUAGACCUAAAAAACGCGUACAAUCAAUAUGUUCUAAAUGAACCAUCCCAAGAGCUUACAACUAUUAAUACAAGUAAAGGUUUAUUUAAAUACACCCGUAUGGUGUACGGCCUAGCCAGCGCGCCGGCUAUCUUUCAGAAAUCGAUGGAGACAGUCCUAUCCGGGAUAGAAGGCGUUAGUUGCUGGUACGAUGACAUUUGCAUCACGGGGCCUAAUAAAGCUACUCACUUGGCCAGACUACGGGAGGUAUUACAUAGAUUGAAUAGCUCGGGUCUCCGUUUACAAAAAGACAAGUGCGAAUUCUUCAAAGACAGUGUCACCUACUUAGGUUAUGUUAUAGACAAAAAUGGUCUACAAACUUGCCCUAAAAAGGUCGAAGCUAUUUUAAAUGCUCCGGAGCCCAAAAAUGUCACAGAGGUCAAGCGUUUUCUAGGCGUUGUAAAUUAUUACAGGAAUUUUAUUCCAAACGCGUCGGCUGUAAUGAGUCCACUUCACGAGCUGUUGAAGGCGGGCGCGGCGUGGCAGUGGGGCGCGCGGCAGAGGCAGGCCGUGGCGGCCGUGCGGCGCGAGCUGGCGUCCGAGCGCGUGCUGGCGCACUUCGACCCCGCGGCGCAGCUGGUGCUGGCGGUGGACGCGGGCCCGCACGGGCUGGGCGCCGUGCUGCUGCAGCGCGCGCAGGAUGGCUCCGAGCGACCUUUGGCCUACGGCUCGCGGUCUCUCAAUGCUAGCGAACGAAAUUAUAGCCAGAUUCAAAAGGAGGCUACGGCUAUAAUCUUCGGUGUGAAAAGGUUCCAUCAGUACCUUUACGGACGCAGCGACCCGUUUAUUUUACAAACCGACCAUAGGCCUUUAGUAUCGAUUUUUAAUCAAAAUUCGGGCAUAUCGGUAACCACGGCGUUACGUUUGCAGAGAUAUGCGAUUAUUCUGUCGGCCUAUAACUAUGUCAUUCAGUAUACAUCAAGUGCAAAUAACGUAGUAGCGGAUUAUUUUUCGCGCGCCCCGGUUGCAGAAACGGUUUCUGAUAGUGACAGAGAGUUCGACAUGUACACUUCUUUGAAAUUCCUGGACGAAAGUACACCGGCCGUGUUGUUAGACGAUAUUAAAAGGGCCACUGAUAAUGAUGAAGUCUUGAAAAUUGUCAUCAAAUACAUGCAACACGGAUGGCCGCGUUCAGUACAUUGUCAGUGUGUCCUACCUUACUUUAGAUGUAAAGCAGACCUACAAUACGAGAAUGGUUACUUAUUGCGAGGUCAUAAAAUUAUUAUUCCGUCCUCGUUACGAGAACGAAUGUUAGUGGAGCUUCAUAGCACUCAUCUGGGUGUAGUUAAGAUGAAGUGUAAUGCUCGUGCCCGGAUGUGGUGGCCGGGGAUCGACGCCGACAUCGAGCGCUGCGCCGGCGCGUGCGGCACGUGCGUGAGCGUGCGCGCCGCGCCCCCGCGCGAGCCCCCCGCGCCCUGGCCGCGCCCCGCCGGCCCCUGGCAGCGCGUGCACAUCGACUACAUGUCGUUAGGACAGAGUGUGUACCUCGUGGUGGUGGAUAGCUACUCGAAAUGGGUAGAAUGGAGCUCGGUCAUUGCUAAUAGAUCCGCCGAGUAUCAAUCAGUUUCCAUGCCGUUGGCCUUACCAUCUCCAACAGUGCACACCGAGGCUCUUGUGCCGAGCGCGGUCGCAGCCGACCCGCCCGUAGAACAAAUAGUGGAGGAGGAGGGGCUUGUGGAGUGUUAUAAGAUACCGGGUAAGGACCCAGCAAUGUGA